AUGGACAGAGCGGAAGAUCUAUUGAACAGUGGGAACAGCCUGCAACUGCGGAGGGACAGCGAGAGCCAGGCCGGGAACCAGGCCCGGCGAGAAGAGAAUGCCGACCAAUCCAAGCCCAACGUAGAUGGGCUUCCCAUGGAGAGCAGUCCAUAUGUGAAGUACUCCAAUCUGGAGGACUACAAGGGCCAAGGCUAUGGCACCACCGGCCACCUCCCCGUCAACCCCAACCAGACUCCCGGCGCCACCGAUGCACCUACGCCCUCCGGCGCCGGCGCAACCCCCACUCUAGCCGGCGAGGGCGGCCAAUCGUCCUAA